GUGAUUCUAAUAUUUUAUUGAAAAAACACAAUUUUUGUCUCGAAAAAAACCAAGUCAUAAAGUUUUUAUAAUUAUGGAUGAAACAAAAGAUGAAGCAUCAACACCGAAAAAUUCUUCAGAAGAAAAUGAUAAUAAUCCAAUAAUUGAUCCACAAAUAUCAGCAUCAUCAUCAUCUAAUUUGAAUCCCAUUUUACCAGAAAUUUAUGUUCCACAUACAUCGCGUGAAUUGACUCCUGAAGAGUUACGACGCAAACGACUUUCAAGAUUGGCUGGUGCUGGAGCAUACCACAAUAAUAAUAACGAUAAUAACAAUAACCUUACCGGCCAACAACGACAUCAAGUUCAAUCAUCUAUAAGUGUAGAAGCAUCAACCAUAACAACAGCAUCUGGCAAUUUGCCGCAGCUUGCCGAAUCAAGUCUUCUUCCGAAGCAACAGCCAAUGAAUUGCAAUUCAUCAACAACUACAGCAAAUAAUAAGAAAAGAAAUGACACCCUCCAUCACCUACAUCAUCAACAGGGAGUGAAUAACCCGACUAAGAAUAACAAUCAACAAGGAAACGAAUCACAUAAGUUUAAUGUAAAUUUGGAUUUCGUUUCAGAUAAAAGAUCUGCAUAUGAACCACCAUCAGCAAUGGAUGUUGAUUGUACUCAUCCACAAGAAAAUAAUGAUAAAAUGAAUCCAACCAUUGGCUGUUCAGACACUCGUAUCGAAAAGAUGGAUGUGGAUAAUAUCGAAGAACGUCGUGAAAAUCUCAAACGACAAAGAGAUAAUUCAUUUGAAUCUAAAUCUGAAAAUGUUCUCGAUUCUUUUGAAGAAUCAAAUUCAUUAUCAUUGACUAUUUUCAAUAUAAUUUCCAAAACAUUUAAUGUUGAAAUUUCUACUACAAAUGAAAAUAAUUGCAAUGAUCAAUUGAUUCAUUCUCCGGUUACCAUAAAUCUUCAAGAGUUGAAAACAAAAAUCAAACCUACCGAUGAUUAUAAAAAUAUUAUUCAAUUUAUUCUCAUGGAAAUUGUGACGAAUCUUAUCAAUCACUCUGUGAAUUUUGAUGAAAGUCUCGCCUAUUUCAAUAAAUUUAAGCCCGAAAAUUUUGUAUCGAUUAUUCAAUCAACAUUCAAAAUAAAAAAGAGCAAUGAAUUCGAAGCUGUCAAUUUCAUGUCAUAUCGAAACAAAUAUAUCUUGGCUCUAUCAUAUGUACUUGAUUCAUUUAAUCGUGCAAACAAAGAAGAAAAAUUAACAUUAGACAAAUAUGAAACACCAAUCAUUCGUGAUUUAUUGGCAUCAAUCAAAAAUCAUUGCAUAGAUUUUGUUGCGUUGAUUAUGAAUCAAUCGGAAUCGGAUUCAUAUCUUAUCAAUUAUUUUUUACAGUUAUUGUAUGCAGAAAAAUUACAUCCAGAUUUUAUCAAUAGUUUUAUUGUAAACACUUACAAUCAUUAUUCGUCGACAUUGUUUGCAGCAAUUUUUAAACCAAUUCUUCGAAAACUUUGGCUAGACAUGAAUUCAUAUUGUUCAUUCAUCUAUGAUAAUCAUAAAUUACCAUUACAAAUACUUAACCAGAUUUGUAAUGUUUCGGUUGGAAAAUCGAAUUAUCCGAUUGGUGAAUUGCUAACUCAAAUGACAAAUUGGUUACCGGCCGACGUUUCAGAUUCGAAAGGUCGUGAAUUUUCUAAAUUUGCUUUCAUGUCACCAUUCCUUCGAUUGUCAGUGUUUGCUGAGGAUGAUCCCAAAAUCGUCGAAAAAUACUAUCCAAGCAAACAUGGCCAUGACGUAGUCAAACAAACAACAAUUGAUUUGCAGAAUACUUUGGAUUAUAUUCGUCGUGAUCUAUUAUAUCCAAUCUUUCAUUCAUUAUUGUUGAAUCAGAAAAGUCGAGCAAGGACUGUAGAAUUUUUCUCCGAAGCAUUACUGCGAAAUAGCACUCGAGCACGUUUGCAUUCUGAUGAAAAAUCGGUUGCAUCGGAUGGUUUUUUUACCAAUCUCACUAGCGUUUUACAAUUACUUUCAGUUAAAAUUAAACGUGAAAAAAUUGAUCCAUUAUUUCCGUUUAAUCCAAACUACUCGUUAGCCGUGAAAAAAGAUGAUUCACGAAUCAAAUUUACACAAUCCGAAGCAGAAAAUUGGCUCGAAAAGGAGAUCGCUAAACCAAAUUUCAUUUGGAAUGAAGUAACAUUUUCAACACAAUGCUUUUUUCAAACUUUGCAUGCACAUCAUCUCAGCGUUAUACCAUGUAUUCGAAAACAUAUGCGACGUUUGAGAACCAUUCGAGAAUUGAAUCGUUUUAUCGAAGCUCAUCAGUCGGACCAAUCUAAUCGCUUGCGUCGUUAUAAAGAGCAGAUGUUGCGAUAUCAUAAAUCAAAACUUUGUGCCGAAGCUGGCUUAUUGGAUGAACGAUUUCUUGGUCGCUGCAUGAUAUUUUACAAUCAAUUUAUUCAUUUCUUAUUGAAAUUAAUCGAUUGUGAUAAUGAAUAUGAUCUGAAUUUACCAUUGCCUCAAAUUGUACCUUCAAUCUUUGCCAGCUAUCCUGAUUGGUAUCUAGAAGAUUUGGCUGAUUUUCUUAUCUUUAUAAUUCAACAUUGUUCUACUAUAUUGGAACCACCGAAUCCAUAUUAUGAUUCGGCCAAUUUCGAAUGCCUAAUUCUAUUUAUUAUAGUUGUAAUCUGUUCGCCACAUUAUAUAAACAAUCCAUAUUUGACAGCCAAGUUUAUUGAAAUUGUUUUUCUAUCCAGUCCGAUCGUCAAUACACAUUCAUCCACGUUUCACGCGAAAAUUAUGCACCAUCCAUUAGCCGAUAAAUAUCUAGUUCGUGCCCUAAUGAAGUUCUAUACGGAUGUUGAAAUCACUGGAACAUCGAAUGAAUUUUAUGAUAAAUUUACCAUUCGUUAUCAUAUUAGUAUUAUAUUCAAAUCAUUUUGGGCAAAUCAAAAACAACAAUUAGCCAUUAUUCAUGAAGCUGAUAACGGGAAAAAUUUUGUCAAAUUCAUCAACAUGUUGAUGAAUGACACAACUUUCUUAUUGGACGAAGCAUUAGUUUCCUUGAAACGCAUUCAUGAAGUCAAAGAAGAUAUGAAAAAUUCCGAAACUUGGAAUCGACAAACACGUGAGCAGCGAGAAACUCGUGAACGACAAUUGGCAUUCGAUGAGCGACAAUGUCGUUCAUUUUUGAUUUUGGCUGUCGAAAAUGUUGACAUGUUGCACUAUCUGACAAAAACGGUACAAAAACCUUUUGAAGCUGUGGAACUCAUUGAUAGAUUAGCUGCAAUGCUCAACUUCAAUCUACAUCAACUUUGUGGUAAAAAAUGCAAAAGUCUCAAAGUUCCAAACCCUGAAAAAUAUGGCUGGGAUCCAAAAUAUUUACUCGAUAAGAUUACAGACAUUUAUUUACAUUUAAAAUCGAAAAAAUUUUAUCAAGCCAUUGCCAAUGAUGAACGAUCAUAUAGUCAUGAAUUAUUCAAAGAUGCUGCAUCAAAAAUGGAACGUAUCCAUAUCAAAUCACAGCAUAAAAUCGAAUCAUUUUUAUUGAUCAUAUCAGAAGUGGAAAAAAUUCUUGAGGUUAAAAAACAAAUGGAAAUUGAUUUUAGCGAUGCGCCUGAAAAUUAUAAAGAUCCAUUGAUGGAUACCAUUAUGGACGAUCCAGUCAUAUUACCCAGUGGAAACAUUAUGGACCGAUCUGUGAUAAUUCGUCACUUGUUGAACGCUUCUACUGAUCCAUUCAAUCGACAACCAUUAACCGAAGAUAUGCUUGUACCAGAUGAUAAGCUUCGUCAGGAAAUCAAAGAAUGGAAACAGCAACAGAUUCGCAAUGCAAAAGAAAAGAAAAAAACUGAACUUGACCCCGAUGAAACCGAAGAACAAUGAAUAAAUAAAUUAUACAUUGUAUAUAAAUCGUAAAAUCGAAACACACUAGCUCAUGAUUUUAUUUAAAUUUAUUUUCCGAAUUCUUUUUCUUAUAAACACGGAAUAAACU